GUGUGCGCGGGAGGGGAGGGCGCGGAGGGGGGGGCAAAAAAAAAGAGCGCUCGGCCCCCGCCGUCCAUGUAGAGGAGUCAGUGGUUGUUUCUUGAAGUCUUAGGAAUCUUCUCUGCGCGUCUGAUCGGGUCGUCUCCGGCCCAGGACGAUAAGGUCGCGCUUCCCUCCGUCGAGCUACUUGGUGGCUCUUCUGCCCCCGGACUUCUGCCCCAAGAUCGACCUGGACAGCUCCGGAAUUGCAGCGCUGGCCCAUCGAGGUCCACUCAGAAAUAAGUCUUACUGAGCUCUAUGGGGCUUACGCAGGCGCGUGUAGAGCUGCAUUCCUGCUUUCCCUGACCUGGGAGUAAGUCCCACUGAAGGAGAACAAACUUAUUUUUGAGUAGACAGGUAGCGGUGGCACCAGAGGAGGUGACUGCACUUCCCAGGUCCACGCUCUCCAGAAUCCCUUGAAGAUCUGUCUAUUGGAGUUCAAGGAAAUGGGAAGUAACUCUAAGAGAAUCCCAGCAGGGAAAGGUCCUUAUCCUGUUGGAUGUACAGACCUCAUGACUGGUCAUAGUAUUCAGGGAUCUUUUUUGCGCCUGUAUUACCCUUCCGAAAAUGAUACAAAUAAUGAAGAAACACUUUGGAUUCCUAACAAGGAAUAUUAUCGUGGAUUGUCUGAUUUUCUUAACAUAUAUCGCACAUUAGGAGAGUUCAUUUUUGCAUGCUAUAUUGGUUCAGUGACCUGUCCUGCAAAAUGGAAUGCUGCAUUCAAGCCAGGGGAAAAAUACCCCCUCAUUAUUUUUUCUCAUGGACUUGGAGCUUUCAGAACUAUAUAUUCUGCAAUUUGCAUUGAAAUGGCAUCUCAAGGUUUUGUUGUUGCUGCUGUUGAGCAUAGAGAUCAGUCCUCUUCAGCUACUUUCUACUACAAAGAGAAACCUGAUUUCAGAGGAAAAGGCAAUGCUUCAGAGUUACACACAGAGUGGAUCUAUUAUCGGAGAUUAAGAGCAGAUGAAGAUGAAGUUGAGCUACGUCGACAACAGGUACAGCAAAGAGCAGAUGAGUGUAUUAAAGCUCUUGACCUCAUGCUUCACAUUAAUUCAGGAAAACCAACAGUUAACAUGCUUCCUGCGAACUUUAACUGGAUCUUUUUAAAGGACUGUAUUGACAUGGAGAAGAUAGCAGUGAUGGGACACUCUUUCGGUGGUGCUACAGCCAUUGAGACUCUUAGCAAAGAUAUGCGAUUUAAGUGCGGCAUUGCCCUUGAUGCAUGGAUGUUGCCCCUCUCUGAUGAUGUAUAUCCCAGAGUUCAACAACCUUUGCUGUUUAUUAAUUCAGAAAAAUUCCAGUGGGCUUUGAACAUCCUAGAAAUGAAGAAACUUGACUGCAAAGACAGAGAAAGAAAAAUGAUCACCAUCAAGGGAUCACUACAUCAGAGUUUUCCAGACUUCACAUUCCUGGUUGGCAAUAUCGUUGGAAAGAUGUUUAAGCUGAAGGGAGAUGUAGACCCAAAUACAGCCAUUGAUGUUAGCAAUAAAGCUUCAUUGGCCUUCUUACAGAAGUAUUUAGGUAUCAAGAAAGAUUUUAACCAGUGGGACCCUCUUCUGGAUGGCAAAGGACUUAAUGUUAUCCCAGGAACUAACGUUGACUUGACUCCAGUGGCAUCUCAAUCAAAAUAGCAGGGAUACAAAAAAUGUGCCAGUUAAAAAUGGUUGUUGUGGGUUUUUCAGGCUCUUUGGCAGUGUUGUGAAGGUUGUUCUUCCUAACGUUUCGCCAU